CCGAUCCGCGGCCGACCCGUGGGCGGGAACAGUCCUCCGGAGCGGCGGGGGACAAAGCGGAGGGAGGCGCCCGGCUCGCCCCUCCCCAUCCCGGCGCCGGCUGGGGCGGAUGUGCCGUGGGUAGGCGGCGGCGGCGGUGGCGGCGGGGCCUGCGGCCGGCGAAGAUGGAUCUGGCGGGGACGAUAAUCCUGCUGUGCUCCUGCGCGGCGGGCGCCGGAGGCCAGUAUGGAAAUCCUCUAAAUAAGUACAUUAGACAUUAUGAAGGCUUGUCCUACGAUGUGGAUUUGUUACACCAAAAACACCAGCGUGCCAAAAGAGCAGUAACCCACGAGGAGCAGUUCUUGCGCCUGGAUUUCCAUGCUCAUGGAAGACAAUUCAACCUUCGAAUGAAGAGAGAUACAUCUCUUUUUAGUGAUGACUUUAAAGUAGAAAUAUCAAACCAAGUGAUUGAUUAUGAUACCUCCCAUAUUUACACUGGACACAUUUAUGGUGAGCAGGGAAGUUUUACUCAUGGGUCUGUUAUUGAUGGAAAAUUUGAAGGAUUCAUCCAAACUCACAGUGGGACCUUUUAUAUUGAGCCAGCAGAGAGAUACAUAAAGGACAGGAACCUCCCGUUCCACUCUGUCAUUUAUCAUGAGGAUGAUAUCAAAUAUCCACAUAAAUAUGGACCACAAGGAGGUUGUGCAGAUCACUCAGUAUUUGAAAGAAUGCAGAAGUACCAGAUGACUGGUAUAGAAGAACCAACAACAGAGAAGCCUUUUGAAGAGCCUAAGAACGAUGGGCCACAGCUUUUAAGGAAAAAACGUGCCACUCAGGCUGAAAAAAAUACCUGUCAGCUGUAUAUCCAGACUGAUCAUCUGUUCUACAAACAUUAUGGAACCAGGGAAGCUGUAAUCUCACAGAUAUCCAGCCAUGUGAAAGCCAUUGACACCAUUUACCAGUCCACAGAUUUCUCUGGAAUCCGUAACAUCAGCUUCAUGGUGAAACGAAUAAGGAUUAACACAACCGUAGAUGAGAAGGACUCUUCCAAUCCCUUUAGAUUCCCCAACAUUGGUGUGGAGAAGUUUCUGGAGCUGAACUCGGAGCAGAAUCAUGAUGAUUAUUGCUUGGCCUAUGUGUUCACAGACCGUGACUUUGAUGAUGGAGUCCUUGGUCUGGCUUGGGUUGGAGCCCCUUCAGGGAGUUCUGGAGGAAUAUGUGAGAAAAGCAAAUUGUAUUCUGAUGGGAAGAAGAAGUCUCUGAACACUGGAAUCAUCACUGUGCAGAACUAUGGCUCUCAUGUCCCUCCCAAGGUUUCUCACAUUACUUUUGCUCACGAGGUUGGGCAUAACUUUGGUUCACCUCACGAUUCUGGAAUGGAGUGCACUCCAGGAGAGUCCAAGAACUUGGGACAGAAAGAGAAUGGCAAUUACAUCAUGUAUGCAAGAGCUACGUCUGGGGACAAACUGAACAACAACAAGUUCUCUAUCUGUAGCAUUCGAAAUAUCAGCCAAGUUCUUGAGAAAAAGAGAAAUAAUUGUUUUGUUGAGUCUGGGCAGCCCAUCUGUGGUAAUGGACUGGUUGAACAAGGAGAACAGUGUGAUUGUGGAUACAGUGACCAGUGUAAAGAUGAUUGCUGUUUUGAUGCAAACCAAGCAGAAGAUAAAAAAUGCAAGUUAAAACCAGGCAAAAUGUGCAGCCCCAGCCAAGGCCCCUGUUGCACUCCCCAGUGUCGUUUCAAAGACAGGACGGAGAAGUGUCGGAACGACUCUGACUGUGCAAAGGAAGGGAUGUGCAAUGGUUUCAGUGCUCUCUGCCCAGCAUCUGACCCCAAAAAAAACUUCACAGAGUGCAACAGGAACACCCAAGUUUGCAUCAAUGGGCAAUGUGCUGGCUCUAUCUGUGAGAAGCAUGGCUUGGAGGAAUGUACAUGUGCUAGUUCAGAUGGCAAGGAUGACAGAGAACUGUGCCACGUCUGCUGCAUGAGGAAAAUGGACCCAGCUACGUGUGCAAGCACAGGCUCCAUCCAGUGGGAGAAUUACUUUCAUCUUGAAACUAUUACUUUGCAACCUGGAUCUCCCUGUAAUGAUUUCAAAGGCUACUGUGAUGUGUUUAUGAGGUGUCGGCUGGUAGAUGCUGAUGGCCCUCUAGCCAGAUUAAAGAAAGCAAUUUUUAAUCCAGAACUAUAUGAAAAUAUUGCAGAGUGGAUUGUGGCUUAUUGGUGGGCAGUGUUGCUUAUGGGAAUUGCAUUGAUCAUGUUAAUGGCUGGUUUCAUUAAGAUAUGCAGUGUUCAUACUCCGAGCAGUAAUCCAAAGUUGCCUCCUCAUAAACCACUUCCAGGCACUUUAAAAAGGAGGAGACCACCCCAAACCACUCAGCCCCCGCAGCGGCAAAGGCCCCGGGAGAGUUAUCAGAUGGGACAUAUGAGACGUUGACUGCAGCUUUUUGCCUUGGAUCUUCCUAGUGCCUACAAUGGGAAAACUCGCUCCAAAGAAAACCUAAUAAAUCAUUGUCCCCAGUCUUAACUCUCAAAAAUUGAAGAGGAAAAAAAAAAGGCAUGAUAUGCCCUCAAAACAAGUGGAAGUGGUUAAUUUUUAAUGAGCGAAUCUUCCAGCUCGCCAAGAAGAAAAGUGGUUUUUUUUUCUUGCGUAUUUUUGGUUUAGUGGCACAAAGGCCUAGCAUAUCAUGAUUCUUUCCCCCUUCUGUGCUCUUCAGUGCUGCAUUUUCUUCACUUGCAGGCAGAUAUGGCUGUAGUAAAACUUUUACUCAAGAAUUGAGGAAAAUAUCUAUUUUUCAACUGCCAGCCAAGGCUAGGAAGCUAAACCACCUCAGCAUUGGAGACAUGACCUGUCAAUGUAUAUACAUUGUUAUAUGCAGACAUGUAUUUCUAACGUACACCCGUACUUGUGUGCAAUUGUAAACAAGAGAAUUGCAAUAUGGAUGUUUCUUUGUAUUAUAAAACUUUUCCGCUAUUAAUGAAGAAAUUACUGUUUAAUUGACAUACUCAGGAUAACAGAGGAUGAUGGUGUGUAGUGGUCAAGGAUCCUGUGAUGCUUUACACAGCAGUUUUGAAUCCAAUCACACUUUUUUUAUCAUUAUCAAAGUUGUUUUCAAGCUCAUUUCAUCUUUAUCCAACAGCUGCUAAGACACAGCAAACAAGAUUGGAUGGUCUUGUAGAGAUAUAACAGGUGUUCUGCAAACUUUGCAAGUGUCAGAAUGUUUCAAACAUGUUAUAUGUGAGUGUCUUUCGUGUAGCUCAGCAUAAAUAUUUUUAAUUUGUCUGAUUAUUCAGUUAAAUAAUGAAUAGUUAGAUGAAAUAUUUCCAUGCUUUAUUAGAAGAUUCUGCCUGUUAUUCAACUUGUUUUAAAAAUUGCAACCAGUUUCUUUGGGCUGUUCAGAUAUUCUUACAGUAUGGUAAUUAUGUUCUAAGGGAUGUGGAAAGAAAGAAAAGCUGUAUUUUUUUUAUUUUCUUUUUUAAUUUAUCAGGUAUUUGGAUAACUUUUCAGCAUGAUACUGUUUAUUCAUAACCACUAAAAUAGAGUGAUUUGCCUGGCUACUGUGGCAGAGUUAAAAUUGUAGUUAGGACUACCAAUUUUCCCACAUUUUAUACCAGUUGUGAAGUUCAACAGCACAAUGUCCCAUUCCAGAGUUUUUAUUACGAAUGUAAAUAAUUGGCAUUUUUGAAGAAGAAACAAAAGAUGUCUUAAGGUGCUUACUGCUAUGCAGGAGAUGAAAGGGGGCAUUACAAAAUGUUUAAGCUUGUGAUGUAUUUAUUGCUUGUUUUCCAAAAGCACCAAGCUAAUUAGAGAUGCAAAUGGCUAUAAUUUUCCUGGCUUUGCUUAGGAGAAAAUUUACUAAGGGUUGGACAGGCUUCCUUUGUUUGGGUUUUUUGUUGUUGUUGGGUUUUUCUUUUUUUUUUUUUUUGUUUUGUUUUGUUUUUUAAGAGUCUAAGGUUUACACAAUCAUUCUCAUAAUGUGACGCAAGCCAGCAAGGCCAAAAAUGUUACAGAAUAUAAUGGAAUCUCUUCCUUGUAAACUUGUACAGUAUGUGGUAACUUUUUCAAAAUACAGCUUUUUGUACAUGGUUUAGAGACAAAUUUUGUACAUGAAACCCCAAGUCCAAUAGACUAUAUAAAUAAUUCUAAAUGAUCUUAACUAGUUAGAAGUGUAUGUAGUUGCUUUUAAGUCAUUUUAAAUACAUUUGUUUUAAGACUGUGCAAAGAUUGGAAGUGGGUUUGCAUUUCUAAAAUGGUGACUUUUAUUCAGCAAGAGUUCUUAGUAACUUCUUGAGUGUGGUAGACUUUGGAACAUGUAAAUUUUUUGCCUGUAAUGUUAUCCUGUGGUAGGAUUUUGGCAGACAAAUGCUGCCCUAUUUUAUUUUGAGUCUAAGUUAAAUGUUUUCUGAAAACAGAAAUGUGCACUGAACUCUCCACUGCAAGUCAAGAUGUGGUAAAACUGAAAGCAAGUUCAAGACAAUGAAAAGGAAAUACUACUGUCAAUUCAUGUCCACUGUGUUUUAUACAGUAUCUUUUUUUGUUCACUUUGGAAAUUUUUACUAAAAAAUGCAAAAAAUAAAGUAUUGUGCAAAGAUAUGUAAGGUUUUUUGAAACUUGAAAUGCAUUAAUAAAUAGACUUGAUGAAAUCA